AUGCCUUGGGGUACAUUGAUUCGUCUCUGCAGCUUUUCUUUUCAGACGGCCGAGCCUUUGAAGUCAGAUGCCAUGGAGCGCCCAAAUGAUCAGCGAUUGAUUCAAGCCUUGGGACUUGAGCUUCCAAAGGUGACAAGGGACCUGAUGACCCGCUCAAUGCUGCAAGGACCUGAUGGCACGCAACAGAGGCUCUGUGUGAAUGGCACGCGGAACGGCACCACUCAGGUGGCGCAGGAGGUGGCGCAAGCGGCUGCGGAGCCGGCCGGCGCCGGAACAGGCACUGCGCCGAAUUCAAGACAACAACCCUAG